GCCUGCGAACGCCCUGACCAUGAUCGCCGAGGGAGCCGGCCCGUACGCCCCGGCGCGCCGCCGACUGUGCGCGCUCUGGGCAGCCGCGCUGCUUCUGCUCGGGCUGCAGUGCCAGUCCAAGCGAGCGGAGGGGAAACUCUUCGCUCUGGAGUCUCAAAAUGGCUCUCAGGGCCUGGACCUGGAGGCAGCUCAGCUCUCCUGCAAGAGCAGAGGCGCCCACCUGGUGUCUGCGGACGAGCUGCACAGGGUGGUCCAGGACUGUGCCCUUGCAGUGUGCACCACGGGGUGGCUGGCAGAUGGCACCCUCGGGACAACUGUCUGUAGCAAAGGAAGUGGUGAACAGCAAAUCACGAGAGCUGUUGAUGUGCGAAUUGAGAACAACCCAGCUCCUGGAGGCCUGCACAGUGCCCUUUGUAUUAAGGAUGAAGAGAAGCCAUGUGGAGACCCGCCUGCAUUCCCACACACCAUCCUGCAGGGCCGCACCGGCCUGGAGAUGGGGGAUGAGCUGCUGUAUGUGUGCGCCCCGGGGUCCUUCGAAGGCCACCAAGAAACAGCCUUCACCUUGCUGUGUAACAGCUGUGGGGAGUGGUAUGGCCUGGUGCAGGCCUGUGGGAAAGAUGAGGCUGCAGCUGAGACCCAUAUUGACUAUGAGGAUAACUUCCCUGAUGACAGUUCUGUGUCAUUUAGAGAGCUCAUGGAAGAUUCCCGUUCGGAGGCAGAAGAGGACAAAGGUCGGAGAGAAGUCUCUGAGGAGGCACCAAAACAAGACCGUCUGGUCUCCAUUUCGGUGAGCAAAGAAAAUAUCGCCCGACAUAAAGCUUUUGUGCCAAACACAGGCUUGCCUGGCACCAGGAGCAGUGUCCCCACAAACUUGCCAAAAUCCCAAGUAAACCAAAAGUACUCAUUCUGGUUUCCUGCUGAGACUUUCUACAAACCUGAUUUGCAAAGGGAUGUUGAUGAUGAUACCAAAAAGCAGUUUCCUGCUGGAGACAACCACAGUACAGUGAGACUGGUCCCAAGUGAGCCUGAAACCAGGGUGACCUAUGGCAGCACUGACGGCCCCUUGGGGUCAUCUGUGGACAGGAAUGACAGCAGAGCAGGGGACCCAGUGGUGAGCAGCAGCGAUGAGUCCUGGUUAGAUGGCUACCCUGUGACAGACGGGGCGUGGAGGAAGGUAGAGGCAGAAGAGGAGGACGAUGGGGACAAGGGGCCUGGGUCAGUAGGACUGAGUGAAAGUGUGUUUGUGACUCCUGAUCAGCCGGCUCUUGUGGAAGUUAAGGUGCCCAGAAGUAGCACCCUCGCACCAAGCAAGGACAUGACCCAUAGUUCAGUUCUUCCAUCUGGAGUGCUAGAUGUGGAGGCUCUGGCUCUCAGACCCAUGAAUGUAUCUGAGACCAAAGGUCCCCAUGACAAGGAUGGUCCCUUGACCAAGUACCAGUCAAGUGUACCUUGGAGAUUCACCACAGAGAAGUCUCCCAUGGCCACUCCACCCUAUGAACGCACCACCUCUACCCAGGAGACAGAAACAACAACUGCUGUUCAGCAGAUGCCUAACCGCAGCCCCUCGACUAGCAUGGCAGCCACCCAGUUUCCAGUGGAAACCACUGCUCCUGAGGUCCAGGAUAGCUUCCCAUACCUGCUGUCCGAGGACUUCUUGGGACAGGAGGCCCCUGGGCCAGUCUCGGGUGAGGAGGAGCACCAUCCAACCUUGGAGCCGUGUGUGGGGGAUGAGUGUCCCAGCCUCAGCAGAGGCCCCGUGAUCGCCACCAUUGUCACUGUCCUGUGCCUGCUCCUGCUCCUGGCAAGUGUGGGAGCCGUGUGGGGUUACCGCAGGUGCCAGCACAAGAGUUCUGUGUACAAGCUGAAUGUUGGCCAGCGGCAAGCUCGGCACUACCACCAGCAGAUUGAGAUGGAGAAGGUCUAGUCACCGUCACGAUGUGCUCUCUCAAGGCCACUGGGAGGAAAAUUAACUGUGACACAUCACACUGACAAACACUGAUAACUCACAAGAGCACGGGUGGAGCACGGCUGGUCUUUUCUCCUCAAGCCUAUUCUGUAGGCUGAGAAGCGUCUCCAGAGGCACCCAGCAGGGCAGGAAGGUUUCAGAACCAUCAGCACAUAUGUCAGUGUCUCCUCCCCAUCUGCCCUGGAAUUGAUUGCACUAAAAUCCUAGACCUGUGCAACAUAAGGUCUUGCUUCCUGUAUCAAGCUGUUGCCUUCUUUUCCUUUUUUAAGAAAGAAAAUCACUGACUCUGACUCCAUGCCCUGAAACGUUUGAACAAGGUUUGAUAAACUGAGUGUUUGAAAGCAUGUUGUUGAGAACAUAAAUGUUAAAUGUGGGAAUGAGACACAGAACGAUGGGUUAUUUGCUUUUAAAAUUAUGAUGUCGCUGAGGGCAGAUGAGCCAAGAGCCAGGACUCAGUCUAGAAACUUGGAGAUGUCUUUGUAAUUGUUGGUCGGAAUUGGAGAAAAUUUAAGGCUGAUGUUUUGCUUUGGGGAGGUGAGGAGUGAAGACACACACCCACCUCCACUGCCUCCAUUCUGUGGGACAGCCCAUCGUUUUUUAAAAACAAGGUUAGCUUUGUACCACUAGGGACCAUUUCCUAUAGCUGUCUUUGACUAGUCUGUGCCUAAAAAUGUCUUGAAAUUUCUCCCAGGACUAACAAAACUCAAUCCUUAGGUUCCUCUCUCAGGAUUAACCGUUUCUCCAAACUCUAAUAAAACAGAAUGACAUAGAGGGAAAAAAUGUUUGAAGAAGGCCCAAGAGUAUCAAGUAAUGGCACCUACUUGAUAGAGAAGAGGAAUUAAAAGGGAGCAUGAAAUGAUCUGUGUCGAUCUGUUUUUUACUCAUGGGGAAGAGUCCAUCCAGCCUUUGAGCAACCCACUUCCCAGCACCUAGAUCAUCUGAUGAUGGCUCAGCAUUGCCCAAGACAGUGGUUCUCAAAGGGUGGUCCUUGGACCAUGAACCUGGGAACUAGUUGGAGAUGCAAAUUCUCUAGUCCCACCUCAGACUCAGGAAACAGCACCCCUUGGGUGGGGCCCAGUGCUCUGUUUUAAUAAGUACUCCAGGUAAGUCUGAUGUGUACUCAAAUUGGACAGCCAUUGGUUUAUAUCCUAAAUUGUAAACUUUGAGACCAGCUGAAGCACUGGAGGCACAGGACAUGGUGACACCCAUGGUCUGUCUUACAUGAUAGUCAGGCUUUGCCACUUGCAUCCGAGGCAAUAUGAAGCUGUCAAAAUGCCACCUCUGUCUCCCAUAUGUUGACCUAGAAACUAAACAUGACAUAUUUUCCUAAUAUGAAUCAGAAAUUAUUUUCUAAUCAAAUAGUUUUCAGUGGUAAAAUUGAUGAAGACAGUACAUUUCUUUUGAGACACCAUAGGAGUCUAAUAAAUGUUUUUGUGUGGUGAGAGAAAUCAUGAUUUUUAAAAAUAUAUAUAAUUGGAAAAUUGGUGGUGUUCCACCUAAAGGGGAAAAGAAUUCUUGCAGCAUGUUUUCUCCCUUGACUCCUCUUUUCAGUGCAAGCUUUGGAAAACUAAUAGGUAGGCUAAGUAGCUAUAAGACAGUACAGCAUAGUCAGAUCUUAAUUCCCAUAACUGGGUAACACGAAGGCCUGAAGUUACCAACUGGAAUACGUAUGCAUCAGAUGAACUCUGGAUCAGUAGGAAUGAAAUGCUUUCUGCAAGUACCAAAGCUUCAGAACAGAACAGAACAGAAUACGAGCCAAACAUUGUACAUAUUUUUAAAUUAGAGUUGAAUCUAUUGCAAGAUAGCUUUUCUAUUUUAACUAUAUAAAUUGUCUCAACAUUAGGAUUGUGUUAGUAACUAUUAUGUAAUAACCCAGAAUGUUGAAUUUAUACCAAAACAUAAACAGGAAAUAUCAAUACAAAUGUAUUAAUAAAUUUAUUACAAAUUAUUAAUACUUAUAAAUGUAUUGCUAUAGAGCUGGACUGCAAAGUAAACCUAACACAUCAGUUUUUUGAGUUUCUAUUGAUUUGGUAUUGUCUAAAUUAAUGUUACAGGAUCUAAAAAUGCAUGUCAAAAGAGAAUAAUUAAAACACUGUAAACCUAGUGCAAAGACCCAAGUUUGAUCCCCUGUACCAACCCCCCCCCCAAAAAAAACCACUGUAAACCUAAAUUGUAUGUCAUUAUGCACGUUUGGAGAUUGGCAAAGGUUUAAUGCUCAUGAAAACUGGGGGGGCGGGGUCAUUAACACAAAGCUUCUGAUAUAUUUAAAAUAAAUAUUUCCCCAGA